AUGAACACCGACUUGAACAUCGGCAGCGGUGACGACACCAUCAUCCAGCCGUAUUACAUUACGAACAAGUUCAACCCUAACAAGGUGAAGCGUGCCAUUGUUUCUCUCCCUGGUCGCCCGCGUGACUCUUGGAAGUAUGCCAACUUGUUUUACAAUGCGCUCAAGUGGGUUUACGCAAAGAACAAGUACGGCAUUGAAGAGGGCGAGGUGAUCAUUGUAGCACCUCUGGCCUUGAACCAGGACGACCAGGCUGCUGGUGGUACCAACGGCGAGGACUCGAACUGGGCCGUCUACCGCAUGUCCAACUGGGAAUUUGGUGGCUCGACCCACUCGCCCAAGAGUGCCAAUUCCGUGUCGUUUUACACCGGACUUGACAAGAUCAUUGACAACCUGAUGGACAAGAGCCAGUACCCGAACUUAAACAAGGUGGUUGUGGCCGGACAUUCGAUGGGCGGGCAGACCGCUGUUCGGUACGCGCUGAUGAAACACGAGAAGAGUUACGACAAUGACAUCAUGUAUUGGGUUGGUAAUCCGGGCUCGUACACCUGGCUUGUCGAGGACCGUCCUUCGAGUGAGGAUUGCAAGAGCUCCGAGAAUUCUUACCCGUAUGGCAUGGGUGACAGCGAUGACUUCCCCAAGUAUGGUCGCGCAGCGCUUAACAAUGGCCAGAGCAUCGGCGACAUCGUGAACCGUUUCCGCAGUCGCACUGUUCAUUACGCGCUCGGCCUCCUGGACAACGGCUCGGGCGACACCCACUGCGAGGCCCUUGCUCAAGGUGCUAACCACUUGCAGCGUGGUGCCAACUUUGUACAGAUGUUGAACAACCAGGAUGGUGGACUUCCUAGCACCCACACUGUGUCAUACGUCCCGGGUGUGUCUCAUCAAGAUUACCCCAUGAUUGCGGCGGAUAAGUCGCUGGACUUUAUCUUUGGCAAGGACUUUUAA